AUGUUGAUCAAGGGGAUCCGACGCCUCGCAUUUGUCGUCGGCCCGGCCCUCUUCGUGGUGCUGGUGAUAUUCCUCCUUUACGGCCGAGGCCCAGCCAGCUUCCCGUUCCACGGCAUGGGCUGGACGAAGAACGGCUAUGACGGGUCGUCGGACGGCUCACGGUCCCGGUGGCCGCUGCAAGACAAGCUGUCUCUGAGCGGACUGGGACUGCACGACAUGUUCGACAGCCAUGACGGCGAGGGCGAGGGCGAUGCGGGGGCCGGGGGAGGGGCCGACAUGUCCGAGACGCACAUCGAGGUCUUCUCAGCCUCGACGCCCAACGGCAAAUACUUCACCAUCGAGUUCGGCGACGAAGAAGCCAUCAACCCUAGCAUCCUGCCACACCCGGUGCUGGCCGAGACGUGGAUCAUUGUGGCUCAGCAGGGCCGAAGCGGCGGCAGCAAGAAUAAAAGUAAGGGCAAGGGCAAGGGUAAGGGUAAGAGUAAUGGCCAAAGUACCAGCGCCGACCAUGACGAGGAUGAAUCGUCCGACCCAUCCGUCUGGUUCACCGAGCUGGUAUGCGACGCGGUAUUUGUGACUCCCAACAAACUGGCGUGCGUGCGGCCGCCCAAGAUCCUGCCCAUCGCAGCCACCACGGGCGACAAGUGCGUCGACAACCUGGCCUACUUUGCCCUCAACGUCGGCCCGCACGACGCGCGCGUCUUCUACGGGCCCAGCUCGCCCUACACGGUGUACGGGUCCAACUCGGCCUUCACCUGCUUUGGUCAGUGGAUCCAGGAUUUCCGCAUGCUGGUCGAGUGGCCGGCCGACAGCCACAGUGACAGCAACACCAACAACAACGUCGCUGUCAAACACGACUUCCGACUCGCCGCCGAAUUGCAGCGGCCUGGCCCCUACGGACCGGUGGAGAAGAAUUGGUUCAUCUUCUGGGACAAUGUGGGCGACGCGUACGUGCACUACGACGUGGCGCCGAAGCGGGCAUUUGCCAAACUGGGGGGAGCAGGAUCAGUUGGCCCCGACCUCGCCCCCCUCGCAGCACUAUCCGACCAGCAAUGCCUGACGGGCCUAAUGCCCCCCGUAGCCGAGCAACUCGAAUCGAUCCACCAAGCGACGAACUCGCUCUCGAUCACCAUGUGCGCCCGCGCCGAUCUGACAUGCAAGCCGACCGAGGCCAACACGUACAUCCUGACGCUGUUCCAGCACAAGAGCUUCUACCAGUACCACAGCGUGUACGAGCCGUACGCGCUGCUGUUCAAGCGGUCCGCGCCGUUCGAGGUCCACGCCGUCUCGGCCAAGCCCGUCUGGAUCCACGGCCGCGCCAAGCCCGGCGAGGCGCAGCGGCCGGACGGGCCCGAGUUCGACGGCCUCGACGCCUGGAACCAGUCCGAGAUGUUCUAUCUCACUGCGAUCAGCUGGAAGGCCCAUAGUCAGCGCUACCAUGGCUAUUUGGACGACGUGCUGUUUCUCAGUUUCGGCAUCGAGGAUAAACGUACGGGAGGGAUUGAUGUCGUUGCGGGGGAUUUGUUGAGGGAUUUGAAUGUGUGUUCUUCGAUUUGA